AUGUCCGACUCCAACUCGGUGGAGAAGAGCGCGACCCCCGUCGCACCUCCGGCCCAGAAAGCCCCUCGGCGUGUCACAAAGCUCAUCGCCGCCGUAGUCGGCGUCGUGAAGCACGCUUCCUCUUCAUCUACGAGCGUACCCACGAACUCGACCGCCGACCUCGCGCGCGUCACGACCGCCGCGGGCAGCGCCGCUCUGCUCAGCAGCGCCAGCACCUUCGUCAAUGCCGCGCCCCAGACACGGACGUUCGACUUCGUCGUAGAGGAGCGCGUCGGGGCCCCGGAUGGCGUGGACAAGACAAUGUUGGUCGUCAACGGGCAGUACCCCGGACCAACGAUUGAGGUGGGCGCGGACGAUAGGGUGGUGGUCAACGUCACGAACAAGCUACCGAACUCGACGCGCAACACCAACUUCUACGACGGCAGCAUGGCCAUCACCCAAUGCGGCAUACCUCCGGGCGAGUCUAUGGUGUACAACUUCACGCUCGACGGCUAUGUCGGGACCACCUGGUGGCACAGCCAUGCGGGAACGCAGUACACUGACGGAAUCACUGGCGCUCUGGUCGUGCAUUCCAAGAACGAGUCCGUCCCAGUAUACGACGGGGACCUAGUGCUCCAGCUCGCAGACCUUUAUCACACCCUCUCCCCCGCGCUCCUCAACCUCUACUUCACUCCAGGCGGGCUUGAGGGCACCCCAGGAAACGAGCCCGUUCCCGACGGCGGCUCCAUCAACGGCGUAGGGCAAUGGGGCUCUCAUAACUCCUCUUUCUUCAACAUCACACUCGAGGCCAACAAGACGUACCGUCUUCGCCUCGUCAACACUGGCUCGUUCGUCGCGAUGCAGUUCGCAGUUGACAACCACACUCUCACCGUCAUCGAGGCAGACGGGACUGCGGUGGACCCGAUCGAGGUCUCGAGCGUGUCUGUCGCAGUCGCACAGAGAUACAGCGUGCUGCUGAGGACGAACCAGACUGCGGGCGCGUACUGGAUUCGCGCGGACGCGUUCACCUACGACAACCCUGGGGUCCAGACUGAAGUCCGCGGGGUGAUUCGCUACGGCGUCGACGACAGCGUGAUGCCGGACACCACAUUGCUGGACAACCCGCCAGGUCUGGCUGACACAACGCUCCAAGAGCUUAACACGGAUGAUCUUGUGCCUGUGGGGGAGAAACCUGUGCCGGAUUCAACCUUCUCGUUCUACUUCACCAUCUCUAUGCAAUACGCAAGCGGCCCCAAUUACCUCUCGCAGUUCCUUUCCUUUAUCAACAGUACGUCCUGGGAGCCCCUUGAAAAAACCUCGAGCCUGUACAGGCACCUCGGGAACAAAGCUGCUGAUGGGUCCGCGGUGCUCGCCGACUCGAAUCUAAUCACGACGGUCAACGAAGUUCACGUUGUCGACAUGGUCAUUGACAACCUCGACGACGGCGACCACCCAUUCCAUCUGCAUGGGCACAAGUUCUGGAUCAUGGGAAGCGGUGCCGGGCGCUUCCAAAACCAGACGCUUACCGACAAGACACCAAUGCUACGCGACACGCUCGUCAUCCCGGCGUACACCUGGACCGUCCUCCGCUUCGUCGGCGACAACCCUGGCUUCUGGGCAUUCCACUGUCACAUCCAGUGGCACAUGCUCAACAUGCUGCCGUCGCAGAGUUCGGCUUUUGACAUCCCGCAGUACAUGCUUGAUCAGUGUGCGCGUUCGUAG